ACGCCAUAGCGGCGUGUAGCUCCCAGGCGUCCUUGCAAGGUCGCUUUGCAGAGGAGCGCGCGUAGGUGACAAGACCCUGGUUCCGGGGACGCGCCGAGUCCUUCUACCUGGGAACCAGCGGCUAAAUGUCCGGGUACACGCCAGACGAGAAACUGCGACUGCAGCAGCUGCGAGAGCUCAGAAGGCAAUGGCUAAAGGACCAGGAGCUGAGCCCCCGGGAGCCGUUGCUGCCCCCGCAGAGGUUGUGGCCAAUGGAGAAAUUCUGGAAUAAAUUUUUGAGGGGCCAGGCCCCCUGGAGGAAUGUGAUUUAUAAGGUAUACCGACACAGUAUAUUUGCUUUUACUUGUGUAGUUAUACCUGCCUGGAUUAUUCAUUAUUAUCUCAAAUAUCAUGUGAAUACAAAACCAUAUGCCAUUGUUGGAAAGAAGCCCAGAAUAUUCCCAGGUGAUACAAUUCUGGAAACUGGAGAAGUAAUUCCACCAAUGAAAGAAUCUCCUGAUCAACAUCAUUGAAGACUACUUCCAAAUUUCAAAGGGGUAUGGACCCAAGUUUGUUGCUGCAUUUCCAUAUUUACUGAAUAUAUUUUCUGGAAAGAUAACUUCAAUAAAGUUUACUCUCAGAUA